AUGGCAGCGGUGGAGAGCAAGAGCAGGAGGUUCGCGCUGGCGUGCGGCGUCCUCAGCCAGUACGUCAAGGCGGAGCAGAAGAUGUCCUCCGUCGCCGUCGCCCCGCGCGCGCCCCCGGCCACCACGCUCAGCCUCAUGCCCGGCGCCGACGUCGGCCAGGAGCACGCGGCCGCGGCGGCCGCUGAGGAGGCGGGUCCCGCCACGGCCACGCCGCUCACCAUCUUCUACGGCGGCAGGGUGGUCGUCUUCGAGGACUUCCCCGCGGACAAGGCGGCCGAGGUGAUGCGCAUGGCCGCCGCCGCCGGCGUCGAGCGCGCGGCUGUCGCGCCCGCCCCCGCCCUCCUCCCGGCGGACAAGACGGCGCUCGCGGACCUGCCCAUCAUGCGCAAGGCGUCGCUGCAGAGGUUCUUCGAGAAGCGCAAGGACCGCCUCGGCGCGCGCGCGCCCUACGCCCGCCCGGCGCCGGCCGCCGCGGCCAUCAAGGACUCGGAGGAGAAGUCGGCGUCGGCGUCGGCGUCGUCCUCCUCGUGGCUCGGGCUGGCCAGCACCGACGGCGCCUUCGCCCUCUGA